AGAGAGAGGCAGACACGGAGACUGCGUGCGUGUGUGCGCGCGCGCGUGUGCGAGAGAGAUCUGGUGAGGUUGGAAACGGUCGGCAUGAGCUCUACAUGGCGCGCGUAAAAAUGCUGUAAGACGCUCGUGGCGCUUUCCCGACACCCUUCGAGCCGAGGACGAGCCCGCAGCGGAGCAGUUCUUCACCCGCAGGUCUUACACUGUCUUGAGCCUGAGAGGGCAGAAUGCCGGAGCAGAGCAACGACUACCGCGUGGUGGUGUUCGGGGCGGGGGGAGUGGGGAAGAGCUCCCUGGUUCUGCGCUUCGUGAAGGGCACGUUCAGGGACACCUACAUCCCCACCGUGGAGGACACCUACCGCCAGGUGAUCAGCUGCGACAAGAGCGUGUGCACCCUCCAGAUCACCGACACAACUGGCAGUCACCAGUUCCCCGCCAUGCAGCGCCUCUCCAUCUCCAAAGGCCACGCCUUCAUCCUGGUCUACUCCAUCACCAGCAAGCAGUCCUUGGAGGAGCUCAAACCCAUUUACCAACAGGUUCUGGCCAUAAAGGGCAACGUGGAGGCCAUCCCCAUCAUGCUCGUGGGAAACAAGAGUGACGAGACCCAAAGAGAAGUGGAGACCAAGGACGGGGAGGCUCAGGCCAACCAGUGGAAGUGCGCCUUUAUGGAGACGUCGGCCAAAACCAAUCACAACGUCACCGAGCUCUUCCAGGAGCUCCUCAACCUGGACAAGAAGAGGAACAUGAGCCUCAACAUUGACGGGAAACGCUCCGGAAAGCAAUCCCGCGCCGAGAGACUGAAGGGCAAAUGCAGCGUGAUGUGAAUCCAGACGAGGAGGAAGGAAGGAGGUCAGCAUUGGGGAGAGGGGGCAGAAAGAUUAAAAAAUAAAGUACAAACAAAAGAAAUUUAAAAAACACCAGGAAUCUCAACUUGUGGAUCCUUCCCGUUAAAGUGGUUCUUUCAGGACUGCAGCGCAUGAACAGGCUGGAGCUCGUAUGUUUGCGGCCAGAAUAUCCCACAUUACAAGAAUAAAAAAAGAAACAUCUGAAACAUCUCCUGGUAGCUUGGCCAUCCUUUCUUUGACCUCCAUCCUCUACAUGUAAAGUUGACACACCUGUAAGCUUCAAACCUUUAAGACUCAACAAAUCCCACCACGAUUCUGCUGUAUAUAAACCCCCUUCUCAAUAUUUCCAUCUAUCAAAACCCAAAAGGAAAGGAAAGUUGACGCUAGAGCUCACCCACCACCUCCUCACCCUAAGAUUAAACCCUCCCAUCCGUCCAUCCCGCCGUCCUAAUGAGGAAAACUCAUCACUGAAGCCUCCAGAUGUCCUCGUCCAGCGAGCGGCAGGGUAUGCACACACUCAAAUGACGCAACAAUCCUUUUAAAACUCUGGUGGAGGGAAGGGUAACUCCCAGCAGAAGGAAGCGGGACUCUCAUCAAAACAGAAAGAAGCAAAUCUGCCUUGUCAACGAGGAUGACACGCUUGGAUUAUCGUUGCCAAUCUGGUGAAACGAAAGCGACUCUCUGAGGUCGAGAACUCGUUUUGACGUGUGGAGGUUUCUCUUUAUGCCUUUUUUGUGUUUAUUUCUUCUUAUUUUUAGAUGUUAAAAAAAAAAGCACACUAAAUCAUCUCCUAGUAAACCUGCUAUAUGCAGAUGAUUCAGUUUUCUCUUCGUUGGAUUAGUUGGAUAUCCUCUUGAAUGCUUAGUGAGCAGAAAACACACACGUACACAGGAAGGAAGGAAGGAAGCAUCCAUGCAAACAUGAAAAAAAGCUCUCUGCAUGAAGACAAGCAGGGCUGGCUCAGCUGAAAUGCCCUCACAUUGCACUUUAUAUCAUACUUAAAAACAUUCAUUUGAGUAUAUUUCCAUUUUUUAGCCACCAAACAGGUUCUAGCGUGUCUCCAGGUGCAGAAAACACCUUUUUCCCACCAAAUUACACACAAAACAGCCAGAAGCACAACUUUUUAAAACAUAUUUUUCAUCUUUUUUGUGCCGUUUCAACCCAGUCUGGAGUUUUAAUUGUUAGUGUUUUAGGGAAGGCACAAUGAAGGUGCGGCUGAACAACAGGAUACGGCGGGCGGCGGCGGGUGGCGGCGGUGGGAUCGGUUGCACGGUAGGCGGAGAAGAUUCAGAGUAUUUGCCCACUUUUUCUACAUCUCUCAGGCGGUUUUAAUAACAAAUUGUGUGGAGGAUAAUCUGCUUCAGUACUGUUAAACCCAAAGACACAGAUGACAGCCCCGCCCCCUUUUCACUGCAUGUCCAUCUAACAAAAAAAAAAGAAAAAGAAAACAGGAAAAGCACAGGAACUCCUUUUUCCGUCUGUACGUAUUGGGCAGCGUCGACAGCUGGGGACUUUCAGGUGACAUUUUACUUGAAGAUUUGCUUAUUUAAAGGGUAACCAAACAGGGAUGACUCCGCCCACAGUCGAAAUUUAAAAAUCCAGUCAGAGGGGUGGAGCUUUCUGAAACUUUGGUUUGACCAAUCACAAAAUUCAACUGUAAUACAUCGAUUCAACCUGUAGGGGGCAGCACACAGACUAUUUUCUUUUAAUUUAUCCAAAAAUGGGCCCAUUUAUAGAGAUCAAAAAAGGUGGAUUUAGGGUUUGGUUACCCUUUAAGGCCAAAAUGACUCACCUGCAUCCGUCACAAUUCUUCAAUAAACAAUUCCAGAGGUGUAAUUAUUGUAAAUACGCAUAAUUAAUCAGAUGAACGAACUUCAAGUAAGAUGUCUGAAGAGAGCGGCCUCUGCUGUCUUUCUGGGGAAUCGACCAGAAACUUCCACGGCGACCUUGUACCAGUUUAGCUUUAGUGUUGCUAUGUACUGUAAAAAUAACAUUUCAGUUAUUGAUCCACUUAUGGCAUAAUAGACACAAAAAUGUGAAUAUGUAUCUAAAGGUUUCACUCCAUGUUUUUUUUUAUGUUUGUUACUGAAUGAAUCUGUUGUUAUUGCUGUGUUGUACUUUGCACUGAUGUGAGGUCCUGUUCAGAUUUGCAUCGUAAACGUACCCUUUAUCUUUUAGAUGCCAGGGACGCUCUCUCAAAUGCAUAUUUGUUUUGUUCAUUCAGACAGGAAGCUAAACUCCACCUAAUUUGGUAAACAUGUGAUGGUUUUCUGGCUGCUGAUGGUGCACGCUGCAUAUUUAGAUUUAUAAAUAUAUAUAUAUAUGAGCCUGACGCGUCUGGUUGCUUCACGCAGAUCCCAGUUUGCUUGCGUAUCUCUGUGCAAUCUGGUGUUCUGCUGACGUUAGCAGGAGGCUGUCAUUGUCCAUGUCCCUGCAUGGAAUAUGAUCCAGCGCGAGGAGAGAAAAACCAAAACAAUAGAGCAGCAGCAGGCGGGAGCAGCAGGAGGGGAGCUGGUACGAAGAGUGUGAGGAUGUCCAGUCGGAGCGUGCUGGCUUGAAUGUAAGGAGAUGACGCGUGCUGAGGCUCUUUGUUGACUUUGAGGUCUGUGUGAGUCAAAUGUUAGCAGGAAUCAGGACAAACACCUCUGCCCCCCCCUCUCUUUUGUGACUUGUCUCAUCUCAUCUAUCAAUGAAUCAUAUUCACCUUGCUGUCUUUUGCGUGACUUUGAGAGCCUCCAUGCAUGAUGUGCACGCUCAGCCACGUCUGGAAUCUCUGUGGCCUGCAGGACGUCCACACUUGUGAGAGUCCUGGUCAGAGUUGUUGACAAAUUCAGAAAUGAAUCCAAAUAUUUCCAACGAGAGGGAAAAGUAAUUAAGAUUGGAGAUGUUUUUAUCUUCAUUUAUAGGUAUAAAUUAAUUCUAGAGAGCUUUGUAUGUGAGGGAAUUUGCAUAAAAUGCUGCAAAAAACAUUUAUAGAUAUGUUCUAGUGUUGAAAAUAAGUAACUUUUACACUUGAAUUGUUUGGUUUCUGUUUUAUUAUAUGGGAAAUACCCAAAAGAUGGAUUGCUUAAUCAGGUCAUUCUGUUACAUAAGAUCCUGAUUUGGAGGCUGAAUUAAAACGACGGAGAAUUAGGGCCAGUUUACAAACAAACACACAAAAAAAUAUAAAUUACAACUUUAAAUUUAGUAAUUUUUUUAGAUUUAAAGUCGUAAAUUCACAGGAAAAAACUAGUGAAUUUAUAAUAAUAACUUUAUUAUUUUAAAAUUAAUAUUAAUUUUUUUUCUCAAAGAACGAACAAUCAAUCAGCACAAAAAGAAAGAAUAAAGCAGAUAUUCAGUUAGCCUGAUGACUUUAUUCAUGUGAUUUUACAGACAAAACAUUUUAUGAUUGGAGUUAAUCUGAGCAUCAUACAAAUUCACUUCUUCUUGCUCCCUUUCAAGCAAUUAAUUAAACAUAAAUAUAAAAUAAACCAGUCUGCAGAGCUUAAAAAUGAACUCUAGCAUGGACCAAACAUGGAUCCUUAAAAGCUCGGUGUGUUUUUCUCAAAGGAAACCUGAGGUAAUUAAGUUUUAAGUCACUUAGACGUUUAUGUUCACUUUCAAGAGAACAUUUUUCUGCAUUUCCCAUCCAUUUUAGCAACAAUCUGCUGGAACAACAGAGUCAAAAACUCUAAAAGUUAUUUUAAUCCAUGUUAAAGCACGGCAGAGGUCGCUUCAUAAUGUGGAGGAGACCUUGCUGCCUCAGGUGCUGGAGAAAGUUUACCUGUCUGAAAAUGUUAUUUAAAUUAGAAAUUCUGUUAUAGAUAAUUUAGAAAAACAAAUAAAAAAAUCAAUUUAACAAUCAAAAUAUUAGUAAAAAGUGGCGCUAAUUACAUGAAAUAAUCGUUUCUGUUUGUAUUUAUUUCAUUGAAAACGUUCUUUUAUUGUUUUUAAUGUCAAAUAAAAGAGUAGAUUUGAUCAUCUGGAUUUAUUUGCAUUUAUUUCUGAAGUCACAAACAUUUUUCUAUUGACUGUCUAUAAUUCUGACCAAAAAAAAAAAAAAAAAAAACGUCUGCAUGGAUUCCUUUAAACGACAAAGUCAUCAAAACGCUCAUUUCUGUUGAACCUUCACAUUUGUCAGCAUCACAACAUGUUCUCUACAGUUUUUAUUUUAGCAGAAAUCACGACGUGUUUGUUAGACUGGAAACAGGCCGGCUGAUUGUAGAUAGAUGUAAAUAUUGUCUAAAGGGUUUAAUAUAUCGGUGAUAUCAGAGGAGAGUUCAGUUUGAAUUAUUCUGCAAAAAACUUUACUUGUGAUCAAAGCAUCAAAUUAGAAACAAGAUGGCAAAAAAUGUGUUUUGUUAUGCAGCGAUUAUUCCCCCUAAUAUAUUAUUGUUUGACACCUAAAGAGACCUAAAAUGUCAAUUUUUCUAAAACAGAAUCGACAUUUUUUAAUAAAAUCGUUCAAAUUUUUGAGAGAAUUUUAAGCUAACUCUUUGGAAAACUACAAAAUUCAAAUUAUGCAUGAAUAUUUGAGGCCUCCUGUAGUACACUGAGAGUAUUACUUCAGAUUUGUACUCACCAAUCAGGUCACUGAUACUAAGAUGCCACAGUUUCACAUUUGUUCUUUAGUGCAGGAAGUCCAAAAACGGCACAAAGAGUGUUAACAGAACAGCAACACACUAGAAAAGUUUUUCUGUCUACAUUCUCUUGUUUCUGUCACACUUCCUGUGAGAGAAUCGGAAGGAAACCAGGAUGUGAAACUAAAAAAAUCCCCCCGCAGACCUCUGUGGCAGGUGUGAGUCGGUGGCCCAGAUGCUUUGUGGGUAAUGUAGUUUGGCUCGGUCCUGUCACUCUGGCCCAUCACUCCUGCAUGGUCCCUAUCGGUGUUCCAGCCAGCAUGAGAACAAGGACACAAACUGUGAAUCAUCUUUGUAUUUUUACUAAAACCUUUGUCUGAUCUUAUUUCUCUUCGGGUUUUCCAACAGUUUUUAGCACUUAUUGAUUUUAUAAACUCAUUUCUUAUUAUUUAUUCUGUUGGGAAUUUUUAUUUUAUUUUAUUUGAACUAACUAUAAUGUAUAGAUAUUUAUUCUAGCAAUAGUCUUCCUAUUAAGAUAUACUGUGCUGAUGCAUCCUCUGAAUAAUGGAAACUAACAUAUAUAAAUAUAUAUAUAUAAAUAUAUACAUAGAUGACAAUAAUCUGCAAAAUAAUUUUCCUAAUAAAAAGUGUGAACUGAGGA